UCAUUUUCCCUUGCCAUUAACUCCAAAAAUUCUUAAACAAAUCUUCGGAAUUGCUUCUACUUCACUUUUCUUUCAUAUUUCUACUUUCUCUCUCAAGUUUGCUUAACCAUCCACCAAAAACCUAACCUCCCCCCACCCCUUAAAUCUCUCCAUUAGUCUAAUUCUUACAUUGUUUAAUAACUGCACUUCACUUUUUUUUUUCUUUUUGGGAAUUAUUGUGCAUUCUUGAAUUUUCUUUUUUUUUCUUUUUAUGGUUUUGAGAUUUAGGGGUUUGGAAAAUUUUUAUUGUCGAAAUCAAUAAGAGGAGGUGACCGCAAUGGAAGUGGAGUUUCCCAGGCCUGAUAAUGCCGCCAUGACGUUCGACGAGGUCUCCAUGGAGCGUAGCAAGAACUUCGUCAAAGCCUUGCAGGAGCUCAAGAACUUAAGGCCUCAGCUCUACUCAGCUGCAGAAUACUGUGAAAAGUCAUAUCUCCAUAGUGAGCAGAAACAGAUGGUACUGGACAACCUGAAAGAUUAUGCUGUACGGGCUCUUGUUAAUGCUGUUGAUCACCUUGGCACUGUGGCUUACAAGUUAACUGAUCUUCUUGAGCAGCAAACAUUGGAAGUGUCAACCAUGGAGCUAAAGGCAACUUGUUUAAAUCAGCAACUUCUUACGUGCCAAACAUACUCGGAUAAAGAAGGUCUCAGGCAGCAGCAGUUGUUGGCAUUUAUCCCAAGACACCACAAGCACUACAUUUUACCAAAUUCGGUGAAUAAGAAGGUACAUUUUAGUCCACACAUACAGACAGAUCCUAGGCAAAACUAUUUCCAGGCAAAAUCUCGUCUUCAGCCUUCAGGUACUCCUGCAUCAAAAACUCUUUCAUGGCACUUGGCCUCAGAAACCAAGUCUACUUUGAAAGGGACUCCACAAACUUUGGCAAGCAAUGAAAUCUCAAAACCUUCAGGCAGCAGUUCUGAGGUUUUCCAGUUAUUGGAAAAUGCAGAUAAUACGAGGGCAAACUCUUCAGCAGCGCCUUUUCCUGCUUCUAAUGCACUCGUGCCAACAUUGGGUAUCACAUAUAGGGAGUUGGAGGGUUCCAAACCUUUGACAGCAUUCAGGUCAUUUGACAACCCAAAGCAUGAGAUUAUACGUGCACCUGUUAGAAGCAGAAGUAUGCUGUCAGCUUUCUUUGUCAAACAGAAAACCGAAGCUAAAGGCUGGAUAUGGUGCAUAAAUCUUUACCAAACAAGCCAAUGGCGCCAGGAUGUACAUCUCUCCCUCAUGCGGAUGGAGUUGCCUGUAAUUAUCUCCCUUGUUUGUUGUUCCGUAGUUGAUUCCUUUAUUAGUAGUUUAACAGUUGCUCAAGAUGAAAGUUUCUUUCUUUUUUUUUCAUCUCAGUUCUCUUAGUUGGAUUUUUAAUAAUGAGCAAUAUGUAUAAAAUAUCUGAUAACGAAGAUGAGUAACAUCUUCCACUCUCUCAAUAAUUACUUCAGCCUUCAUCAAUGAUCCUAUAAAUUGAUCCAUUGCAGGUUA